AUGUCUUUUUCAGUUGCUGGCAAACAAUCAGGACCCAUUGGGUUUGGAAUGAUGGGUCUUAACCGUCCACCAGUAAUGCCAUACGAUGAAGCGUCUAAAGUUAUGAAAACGGCUUUGGACAACGGUGCAAACUUCUGGAGCGCCGCUCAAUACUAUGGAACGCCAACAGCAAACUCUCUGCAUCUGCUUAACCAUUAUUUCACGAUAUAUCCCGAAGACAGCAAGAAAGUCAUUCUCAGUAUCAAAGGUGCCUUUAGCAGGGCAGGUCCAGAUAAUAGCCCGGAGAGCAUUCGAAACAGCGUUGAUAAUUGCCUGGAAGUCCUGGACGGCAAAGCCUUCCUUGACAUUUUCUCGCCGGGGCGCAUUGAUCCACAAGUCCCAAUUGAAGAAACUGUGCGUGCUCUCGUGGAAUAUAUAAAGGCAGGUAAGAUAGGUGGUUACGGACUCAGCGAGUGCAGUGCUGCCACAAUCCGACGCGCUCACUCCGUUCAUCCGAUAUCUGCCGUCGAAAUCGAGCUAUCGCUGUUUGCCACGGAUAUUCUGAGCAAUGGAGUUGCUCAGACAUGCUCAGAGCUAAAGAUCCCUAUAAUUGCAUAUUCUCCACUGUCUCGGGGGUUCCUGACGGGGCAGAUCAAGAAGCUCGAUGAUAUCCCCGAGAGUGAUACACGCCGCCUCUACCCACGCUUCCAGCCAGAGGUCUUUGACUUGAACAUCAAGCUAGUCGAACAAAUUGAGCAACUGGCGAAAAAGACUGGUUACACGAUGCCGCAGGUUGCAAUUGCAUGGGUCACGUCUCGGGCGACUGAAUGGAACACUCCUGUGAUACCCAUUCCAGGAUGCACCAGCGUUGCGCGUGCAGUGGAAAAUUCCACGCAGGUUUCUCUUAAAGAAAAAGAUUUGGAAGAACUCUCUCAGAUGGUAGCCAACAUGACUGUCAUUGGCAACCGUUAUCCAGAGAUGUUUCAAAAGUAUGUAUACCAAUGA